GCAUGGCGGCGCCCAGCGAGCGCUACCGUUUCGGCGCCGGGAGCCUCUUCUCUUUCCUGCCCGGCGGCGCGCGCUCCGAGGUGACGGAAGACCUGGUGACGGACGCGCGCGGCCGCGGCGCGGGGCGGAGAGAAUCCGCUGCUUCGGCCCGGGCGCCAUCCGCGGGGCCGGCGUCUGACCCUCCGGCCUCGGAGCUCGCCUCCCCGCGGCGGCCCUGCCGGGCCUGCGUGGACUUCAAGUCGUGGAUGCGCACGCAGCAGAAGCGGGACAGCAAGUUUAGGGAGGAUUGCCCUCAGGAUCGCGAGGAACUGGGCCGCCACAGCUGGGCUGUCCUCCACACCCUGGCUGCCUACUACCCCGACCUGCCCACCCCAGAGCAGCAGCAGGAUAUGGCUCAGUUCAUACAUUUAUUUUCCAAGUUUUACCCAUGUGAAGAGUGUGCCGAAGACAUAAGGAAAAGGAUAUACAGGGACCAGCCAGACACGCGCACUCGGGUGAGCUUCACCCAGUGGCUCUGCCGUCUGCACAACGAGGUGAACCGCAAGCUGGGCAAGCCGGACUUCGACUGCUCACUGGUGGACGAGCGCUGGCGCGACGGCUGGAAGGACGGCUCCUGUGACUAGACUAGCCAGCGGCCAGAGCCUGGGGAGGCCCGGCCAGAGGGGCGGGGCUUAUUAAAGUGCCGUCACACACAGAGCCUGUGGUGUCUCCGUUGGGUGGUCCCCAGACCCUGCCCUUGGAAUCCUCUCCCUCUUGAGGUUCGGGGAAGAAGUGGAGGAACCCGAUGCGGUGGUGGCCUCCUCACGGCGGGCCUGCAGGGCUGCUGACGGGGGAGGCAGGGACAGCCCAGGACGUCCCUUCCCUUCAGGAUUCGGCCUCUGCUCACCCACCCCACCGCCUGCUUCUCCACACAGGAAGCCCACAGGCCUGGCUGGGUACUGCCGUCUUGCCCCUCCAGGCCUGGCCUGUGUCUCCCCACCCUGUAGUGAGGGACAGCAGGGGAUAGUGACUGUAGCCGCAGAGGCUGUGCACUGUUUGCACUUCAGGAAAGAGGCCUAUGGGCCGAGCUCUGCUGCUCGCCUCCGGUCUGGCCUCUGGCCUUACAGGUUCCAUGGAACUCGAGACCAAAAUAAAAUGCUGGAGAAGUGA